AAACUACGUCAUAGCUGCUGAAAAUGGCGUUGGUUUCGGAAGGACAGGAAUAUUGUUCUCCUUCAAAACGAAUAAAACUUGACCACGUUCAACAGCUAUCGAAUUAUACCACUGGUAUUGACUUAGGGAGGUAUUCUGCCUCUACGAAAGAUAUAUGCAGUUCAAUCUCAGCAGAAUUUCCAGUUUCCAGUUGUGCGCUUAGUUCAGAGAAUAGCAAAAGUCAUGUUGAUGAUGAUGAAGACGAGGAUGAUGAUCUUUUAAAUGUCAAUGGUAUCCAGCAGUUGGACUCUUCUUCAGCAACAGAAAUAGAAUGUGAUGUUACUGGAGAGGGCAGGAGGAAGAGACAAUUACCUGGACCAAGUGAUGAAAAUGAAGUAGAAGAAGAAGAGGAAGAUGACUGUGAUGAUAAAGAUGAAAUCUCGUCUACUGUUAGCAAUCUUUCAAACUUGAGUGGUCUUUCUGAUUUAAGUGGACAAGAGUGGAAACCAAUAGCAGGUACGAUGAGCUGGGUUCAGAAGCAGAUGCUUACUGGAGUGAAUCCACGUUGUAUUCUUAACCAGAUAGUAGGUGACGGAGUUCCUGUAUCAGAGCAAAUGGAUGAUUUGAGCCUUUGGAAGAUUAUAGUUAAUUUUCUCAGUGAAAUACCGAGGAGACAAAAAUUACGCCAUAUAAAUACUUUAACAGAUGUCGUUCGCUUGUUGAGAGGUGCCAGGAAAGUCAUUAUUCUUACUGGAGCAGGGGUUUCUGUAUCAUGUGGAAUCCCAGAUUUUAGAAGUCGUGAUGGUAUUUAUGCAAGACUUUCAGUUGACUUUCCUGACCUGCCAGAUCCCCAGGCAAUGUUUGACAUAGCAUAUUUCAGUCAAGACCCUCGCCCCUUUUACAAAUUUGCUCGUGAAAUAUAUCCAGGACAGUUCAAACCUUCUCCAUGUCACAGGUUCAUUAAAAUGCUAGAAAAACACAAUAAACUGCUUCGAAAUUAUUCGCAGAACAUAGAUACUUUGGAGCAGGUAGCUGGUAUUCAUAAUGUCAUAGAAUGUCAUGGAUCCUUUGCCACAGCGUCUUGUACUCGCUGCAAAUAUAAAGUGACAGCUGAUGCUAUACGUGAAGAUGUAUUUGCUCAGAGAAUACCACUGUGCCCAAAAUGUUCGACUGACGCGUUGCCAUCUUUGAUUGAUUCUGCUAAUGGAGAACAUUAUAAAAGUUUGGUAUCUCAGGGUAUAAUGAAACCAGAUAUUGUUUUCUUUGGAGAAGGUUUACCGGAGAUAUUCCAUGAAUCAAUGGCUAAAGACAAAGAUGAGUGUGACUUGCUAAUUGUCAUUGGAUCAUCCUUGAAAGUGCGGCCUGUAGCACUUAUACCAAGUUCUAUUCCACCACAUGUUCCCCAGAUUCUGAUUAAUCGAGAACCGCUACCGAACUUCAACUUUGAUGUUCAGCUGCUAGGGGACAGUGAUGUGAUUAUCAGUCAGAUAUGUUAUAUGCUCGGCGGAGAUUGGCUCGAAGUGUGUAGUACCCCUAAACCUCUUACAGAAGCAAAGCAUCUUCUGACACGUGAGAAGUCUUGGAGGACAAAUUUUGAUGACACGUGGGAAGAGAGGAGCAGUGACCAGUGUCCUACAGAUUACAGCCUCGACAGUGCCGAGGUUCGUUCUUCGGGUCACAGCGGCCGAGACAGACUGAACUCGAAAACUGUCACUCGGGCCACGUCUUCAGUCAGCAGUCUCGCUGGCAACCCAGCAUCGAGCAGUGACGGUGGCCAGUAUGCGGGAACAUCUGAAACUGAUUCUUUGCAUAUGGUUGUAGACAGCAGUUUAGCAGUGACAGCGGAUAGCACAAAAUGUGUGGUCCAUAAGGAACGACAUAUGUCUAUUGACUCUUCAACAAGGGACAGUGGAGUGUGCUUAUCUGUGGACAGUCCUGUAGAUAACCUGGUAGCAGAUUCGUCCAGAGAUGUUAAUGCCCAGGUUCUUGUAACAGACAGUCGUGAGAGAGCUGCUGAAAAUAUAGGCAUUAAUAAUAAUUGUGGGCGUAGUUUACAUGCUCCGAGAAUGUGUAACGAGCCUUCACUGCCACCCAACAGCACAUCACUGAGCAGUAGCCAGAACACAAUUCUUGUCGAUCCGUCAAGAUUCUGUACUGAAGCUGCCGAUUGUUCCUGUGCACAGGUGGAGUGUAGCAGUGGCGAAAGGAGCAGUAGCAUUAGUUGUCGUCACAUGUCAGUCGACUCGACCAGGGACAGUGGCAUAGGGGACGGUUGCAGCAGCAUUGCAAGUGGUGUUAUGAAUAAGGAAAGACAUAUGUCUUUAGACUCUUGUGAUGAACAUCAGAAAUCGGAAGACAAUUUAGACAUGCUGCGGUCGUGCUGGGAGCCGAAGAUCAGAGAGAGCUUGGCUACGAGGUUACCAGAUAAUUCUUACUAUUUUGUACAUCCAAACCGAUACAUUUUUCCGGGCGCUGAGGUGCUCUAUGACCCGGACGACACCCAGCGAUCGUCGUGCAGCAGCAGUGGAAGCAGCACGAGCUCGAGCGAUUCUGAAGGUUGUUUGUCGGAAGAGAGUGACAAUGACGAGGGUGAGGUGGACGACUGGGAGCACCUCUCGGUGUCUAAUGAUAAUCCCACCAAUGGUCGGUGUCCUUGAUGUAAAUUGGGAAGCUUUAGUAAUCAUUAUUGUGGGACAUGGUGCAUUGUUAAUUCUUACUGCAAAAAUUGGUAAUCUGUAGUUAAAGGUGUGGCUAACUUAUACCUGGCAGUUUUAAAUAUGCAAAAUUGCAUACCCCAGAUUCUUUACAUAAACAAACAAUGCUUGCAUGUAAAGAACUGAAAAUGAAUUACAAUUCUUUCAUUUAUCUGGAACUGCUAUAUAUUACCAUCAAAUACAGCUUUGGAUUUUGAAAUGUAAGUGUGACCUGUGUUCUAAUAUAUGUGAAUAAUAAUAUAUUGUAAAAAUUAUUUAUUAUUGUUCAGGGUAGUUACAUGUUACUUGUUAUUUCAGUAUUUUGUAGAUACAUAUGUAGCAUAUUGGAGAUAUUUACUAUUUAGAGCAACAACCUGUUAUUGGUAAAAUUAAGUCCCUCUUCUGCCAGGUAUAAUAUUUUUCAUUUAACUCAGAAAAAUUUUGUUCUGCAUAUUAAAGAGUCGUCUUAUAAUACCUACAUAUUACAAGAUCAUCUUAUCAUCUUAUAAAAUAAUGUGGCUCAUUGAAAAAAGUUCAAAUAUUUUUGUAAAUGGUUGCUGCUAUUAAUGAAUGGCACUGCUUUAAUGGAAAAAAUUAUUUUGAAGAGAGAAUUGUGUAUAAUCAUAUUUUGCAAUGUCGGUCAGGCACUGCUUCACUAUUAAAUCAGCAAAUCUUUUUCAUGACUUAGGUGUGGGUUUUUUUUCAUCACCUGUAGCAAUUUUUUGUUUUCCAAGAAUAUUGCUUCAUUAUUGAACACUGACAUUGUAGAAGAGAUUUGAAAUUAAUUUAAAGAAAACAUUAUGCAAACUAGCUUGACACUCACUGUAAACUCUAAUUCCUGCUAAGAAAGCAGAUUAUUUGUUGCAGAUUACCUGUAAUCGAGGAUGGUGGGUAUAUAGCAAAACCCUUCCUACACAAAGUAAUUAAUUUAUUUAUUUUAACUUUUGCUUGUGGCAAAGUGACUGUUACUGAGUUAUAGCAGUUUAAUAGAAAACAAUUAUCCUCUUCAUUGUGGAAACCACAGAAGUUUUAGUUUCCACUGACACACUAACAGUUGAUUUAACAGAAAUUGAGCCACACAGGGAUGAGUACCAGAUCCUGUGUUAGAUGUUAAAAUGUAAAUAAAUUUGCAGUGUAAUUAUUAGAUGUCUAAAUUGGACAUGUUAUGUGAUAGUACUUUAGGGAUUAAUGAUUCCGUAUUUUUGAAAGCAAAAUAUGUGAAUACAUGUUGAAACAUAACAUUAAGAGUCUCUCUCCCUCUCUCUCUCUCUCUCUCUCUCUCUCUCUCUCUCUCUGUCUGUGUGUGUGUGUGUGUGUGUGUGUGUGUGUGUG